UUCCGAGCAACUGUAUCGUACGGGUUCAGUUUUCCUAAGCACGCCUUGGCCUGCACAAGUCGUCACAGUUUUCGCACGGUGUACGAGCAAGUUAACUGAGUGAAAAAGUGUUUAGCUGCAUCUUCAAGUUGCCGGGUGAAGAGCUGUUUGUUGGAACCGUACACAACAAUUGAUUAAACAUGGCCGUCAACGUAUACUCGACCAACGUUACGACAGACAACCUCUCGCGGCAUGAUAUGCUGUCGUGGGUAAACGAUUGUCUGCGAUCGCAGUUCACCAAGAUCGAGGAGCUGUGCACGGGAGCCGCCUAUUGCCAGUACAUGGAUAUGCUAUUUCCCGGUUCCGUACCAAUGAAGCGUGUGAAAUUUCGCACUAAUCUCGAGCACGAAUACAUCCAAAAUUUCAAAAUCCUGCAGGCUGCUUUCAAGAAGAUGAAUGUCGAUAAGAUAAUUCCAAUCGAUAAACUAAUUAAGGGUCGCUUCCAAGAUAACUUUGAAUUUUUGCAAUGGUUCAAAAAAUUCUUCGACGCAAACUAUGACGGUAGAGAGUAUGAUGCUUUACUAGCGCGCGAUAACCUACCGAUGGGUUUGGGUUCCGGUGCGGGUGCACCGAAAGGUAACGGCGUUUCGGCCGUUGCUCCGCCACGUAAAAUGGCAAUCGGCACUACCGCACCACGUGAUAGAAUCAAACCGAUGUCCAAAGUUGCACCCACCCGACAGAUGGUGCAGAGUCCGCCGAGCCGGAUCGGAGGUGCCGUCAAUGUAAAUACGAGCAAAUCGUCCUCCCAGAACAGUGUGACGAAUCAGCAGAUCGAGGAGCUUACCGCACAAAUGAACGAUAUGAGACUAAACUUUGAAGGUCUGGAAAAGGAGCGCGAUUUCUAUUUCAGCAAAUUGAGGGAUAUCGAAAUUCUCUGUCAAGAUGAUGAACAAAGCCAGAGUCCUUUCGUCCAGAAAAUUCUAGAGAUCCUUUACGCGACGGAGGAUGGUUUUGCGCCACCGGAUGAAAUACCGCCUGAAGAAGAGGAAUACUAAACUAAGCCCAGGGCGCGCAUCGCAUCGUGGCCGCUUUGUCGAAUCACAUGGCUCUUGUCGGGGAGGAAAAGAUGAUUGCUUUCGCUGUGUAAUUUAUUUGCGCGCUUUAGUGAUCAAUCUAUAUCGGAAGCAAAGCGUAGAGACGGAACAGAGAUGAUCGUAGAGAAAUAAGAACGAACGAAUGAAAAUAGCAUACAGAUGCAGUGCUGUGCGGGGCAUCCCAAAGGAAUACGAAGGAUGGCAAGGAGAGAAGCCGCCGCGCGUAAUUACGAUGUUGUGUUUAGAGAAACAUGAUUUCUGCGCACUUUACGUGAAAUAAGUUGGUAACGGUAAAUUAUUAAAAAAAACACAUUUAAUCUACUUCACACAUCCACACACUCGUGCGCGUUUUGUUGGAAGCAAUAGAUAUUUAAUCGCGCUGAAAGCGUAAGUAUGCGUUUCAAGAUCGGGAUAUUUAGCUCAGCGAUUGUUGCACGCGAACGUAGAAACAAGAUUACAACGAGUGUAUAAAAAGCAGAACGGAUGGUUGAAAUCGGGGAUUGAUGAGAUAUAAAAGACAUUGAAAGUUGCUCACUCUGAGUCACACGCAUAUUACUUCCUGUCGAUUUUCCUUCGUUGGCCAAACUUGUGAAACUUGUGUAUCUCCCCCUCUCUUUUGUGUACCAUGUAACUUUGAAACGUGAAACAACCCAUCAAUUUAGCGCGCUCUUCGUAAAACAAAUUAUUUCCCCAUUUCAAACGUGACUAACUCUAAUUGACGUAAAAGAAUCCCUAAAAAUAUAAUCUUUAAUUAUUAAAACUAAAUGAGAUGGAAGAACGAUGUUUUGCUGAGGACUUUAAUGCACGAUUGAACGGCAUAUAUAAUAUACAUGGGCUCCGCGGCAGUAUCAUGUAAAGAAGUAAGAUUAAUAUUUGGAAGACAAUGAACAUUAGCAGCAACAUUGGUGGCAAUCCCCAUAAAUUUGCCAAUAAAUUGUAGUAAGUGGUGCUGCAAACUAAUUCGAAUACUAUUUUUAUACAUUAACGCGCUCCCGCCGCACUCUUUUGUCAUCAGUUUUGAGUUGAAAUAUAAAUGGUAAUGCUGCACUGUUAUGACACUUUAUUUGCAACCGUUUUGUGUAGGUGGGUAUGAUGUGGCAAACAAUUCGCAUGUGCGUGCCUGUAUUUUUUUCGAUUCAAUCAUUAAAGUAUCGCCACUAUCCCAGUAUAUGAGAUUAUGGAAGCAUCUUCGGGAACGUUAUGGUGUGUGGUCGCUUUUCGUAAGGUGAAGAAACAGGUUUAACUAACGAAAAACAAAGAGAUAAACGAAGAAGGCAAGCAAAGGUGAAUCAUAAUUGUAGAAAACGAUUACUAUUUUAUAGGUAUAAUAGCUCAAAGGCUUUCCUGUUACAUAGCUAACAAAGCAAAAGUACGGAUGUAUAGAGGCGAAUGUAGCUUCCCAGCUCAAAGUCACUAUAAAAUUAACAAACAACAAGAACGGACGAAUGGAACAAAGUAUAAACCAACAAGUAAUGUGAUUUGUGCAGCAACACACACACCCCCGUAAUCGUUGGAACGUAAAUUAUACAAAUGGGAAGGAGGGACGUUAUUAUACUCAGAAUGAUCGUACCGAGGGAGUGUUGAUGAAAGCUUUUGAAUGGAAAAAUACGAUUGUUUUCUUUUCAUCAAAAUGUCGGUUGUAUAUCAUCAGUAUAAAACGAGCGAGCAUAAUAAUAAUUUAUUAUUUUUGUAUGGCAGCCGCCAUCUCGGCUGGUUCGAUUUUUCGUUGUGCCCGUAUCUCUGACAUAUUGUUGAGACAUGGGCAAGAGACCAAUAAUAGUCACAGUAUAGACGCAUUUAAAGAUACAAGAUGGUAAUACAAAACACACUAUGUGCGUGUGUUCGCUAUAUGGCACAGAUGGAAGUCAGGCAUUGCAUUUGCUGUUUUUUUCUUUGUUAUUGUUCAAUUAAACAAUCGUGUAUUGUGUUUUCAAUCCCGUCUUUUUUCCACAAUCCUUGAGUUUGAAAUAUGAAAUAGUGCACACAUAUGCAUGUGUGCCAGUUUUACAUAAUGUAACACUUGAUAACAUGCUCUCCAAUGCAAACUUUACUCUUUUCUUUCUUUUGUUUUAUAUUUAAAAAUACAGAAAAGAAGCUAAACAAAUGAG